CUUUUGCUGUUGCAUUUCGGUGUAUAAAUAGGCGACAACGACAAUAAUUAUGAUGUACAACUUUAAUAAUAUUUGUUGAAUAAAGACGGUUUGCGCGAACGGUCCUGCAGUGCAAGCGAAAAGAAUUUUUUUCAUUUUAAAUUUAUUUUGACCAAAAUGGCAGAUAAAAUUCCGUACAAAACUCUGAAUAAUUUCACAAAAGUACCAAUGCUCGGUUUUCCAACAUGGGGUUGGGGUGAAACUAUGCAAGGAGUUAUCGGUAAAACUGUUAAGGAUGCUAUCGAUAUGGGUUACAGAUAUAUAGACACAGCACCUAAUGGCAAUGAAGAAGAAGUUGGCGACGCUCUUUAUGAAAAAAUUAUGGACGGGACGGUUAAAAGAGAAGACUUAUACAUCGUCGGCAAACUAUGGGAUCCCAAAGUAUUCCACGAACCAGCAUUAAUUAAGGACUCACUGCUAUCGACUUUGCGCAACUUAAACUUAACAUACCUCGAUUCAUACAUUCUACAAUGUCCAGAAGGCGAUUUACAAUUUGUUGACACUUGGCACGAAAUGGAAAAACAUGUCGACAAUUUCGUUGUCAAGAGCAUCGGCCUGUCCAAUUUCAAUGAAAAACAAAUUGAUCAUUUGUAUACCAGUGCACGCUGCUUGCCGGUCACGAAUCAGUUCGAUUGCAAUCCGUAUCUACUACAACAAGAAUUGUGCGCACUGUGCCGGUCGAAAAAUUUGGCUGUAACGGUCUACAAUCCAUUUGGAUCGUCCUCGUUGUUGGAGGAUGCGACGAUUGAGUCACUCGCGCAGAAGUACAGAAAAACUCCCGAACAAAUCCUGUUACGAUACCAAAUUCAACAAGGUCAUGUGGUCAUUCCCAUUUCGUUUAGCAAAACGAAAUUAAAGGAGAACUUGGACAUUUUCAAAUUUGAUCUGGCCAAAGCGGAUGUGGCCACAUUGGGGAAGCUCGACCGCAACAAACAAUACACAUCUUUGAGUGCCCUGUCCUAUGAGCGGACGAAACUAAAGGUCUGUUUUCGACAGUGAUAUGUGAUGAAGAUGUGGAAGUAUUUUUUUGUGAUCGUGUGGACCAUUAGGGCGAGAUUAGCUGCUUCCAUAAGUUUUAGUCUGCAACAUGAAGUUGUAUGCAAUGAUCAAAUGGUCUCUGUUUCAUGAUCUGGAAACGGACCAUCCCAACCUGACGAGUCUAAGAUCGUUCAAAUGAAGUACAAUCGUUGUGCAACUAUCAGGUUACAAUUUUGCAUAUUUUUAUUUAGGUUCGCUUCUCUAUAUUAUACAUGCCGCCAAGUUUUUCAUUUCGUAGCUCAAGGUAGACGUGUAAAUCUAAAUAAAACUUUUCCAAACAAAAAA